AUGCACUGCUUAGACAACUACCUCGAAAAACUCACCACCUUUCGAGCCGCAGAUAUGUCGCACUCACAGACGGCACUGGUCUUCGGAUUGGGCGUGAUCGGUGGCGCGUGGAUUCUCACUCAAGGCCUGACUUUUCUCCGCGUGUUGGCCAGUUUGUUUGUGCUUCCGGGCAAGUCUUUACGCAGCUUCGGCCCCAAAGGCAGCUGGGCGCUCAUCACCGGUGCCUCGGAUGGCCUGGGUAAGGAAUUUGCUCUGCAGAUUGCCCGCGCCGGAUUCAAUGUCGUCCUCGUGUCACGCACCGAAUCGAAAUUGAUCGCGCUCUCCGACGAAAUCAAAGCCAAAAACCCAACUACACAGAUCAAGGUGUUAGCAAUGGACUUUGCGGAAAACAAGGACUCGGACUUCAAGAGACUCGAGGCUCUCGUGCAGGACCUAGACAUUGCCAUCUUGAUCAACAACGUGGGCAAGAGUCACAGCAUCCCCGUCCCAUUCAACGAGACACCCGAAGACGAAAUGGCCGAUAUCAUCACGAUCAACUGCUUCGGCACCCUGCGCGUCACCAAGAUCGUCACACCCGGCAUGAUACAGCGCAAGCGCGGUCUGAUCAUGACCAUGGGCUCGUUUGGCGGUCUCGUGCCAACCCCUCUCCUGGCGACAUACUCGGGCAGCAAGGCAUUCUUGCAACACUGGUCGAGCGCUCUAGGCUCGGAACUGGAGCCUUACGGAAUUACAGUCCAGCUCUUGCAGGCCCACUUGAUUACUUCGUCCAUGUCCAAGAUCAAGCGGCCCAGUCUCCUGAUUCCUACACCCAAGGCAUGGGUCAAGUCUGCGCUAAGCAAAAUUGGUCGUCGUGGUGGCUCGCCUCAUUACUAUUACACGUCCUGUCCGUACCCCAGCCAUGGUAUGAUGGCGUGGUUUAUUACCUGCGUGAUGGGUGUUUACAGUAGCUGGAUUCUGGGUUAUAACCGCAACAUGCACGUAUCGAUUCGCAAGAGGGCGUUGAGAAAGGCGGAGAGGGAAAAGACCAAGUAG